AUGUGUAUGAUUGGUAAAGACGGGCAGGAAAUUAAAGAUAUGUUCAAAUUUGAAACUCGUGAAAAUGGACAACAAGUGAUCACGACAGCAAUCCUUUUCGACAAAUUCGAAGCACAUUGUAAACCCAAGAAGAAUCUCGUUGAACCGCAUCGUUUCCUCGCAAGAGAUCAAAACACUGGCGAGUUGGUAGAUCAAUAUGUAACAGAACUAAAAACUUUAGCGGCGUCAUGCGAGUGGGGAGACUUAAAGGACGAUCUUAUAUGUAGUCGAAUUGUAAGCGGCAUAUCUUCAAGAGUUGUUCUAGAACGACUUUUGAGAGAAUCAGAAUUGAAAUUGGGCAAAGCUGUCGAGAUUUGCAGAGCAGAUGAAUUAUCAAGACAACAAAUGAAGUUGUUUGGCAGUGAAGCGAAUCAUGUAAAUCAAGUAAAAUGCAGGGGAGUGAACCGUGUUCAGAACAAAAGUAAGUCAGACAAAACACAAGAAGUAAAGAAAGCUACUGAAGGGAAACAUGAACACAAGCAUAAUGUGUGUGGUAAUUGUGGUCUAAUCCAUCCAAAGGGACAAUGUUUAGCUUAUGGUAAACAAUGUAAUAAAUGCAAAAAGAUGAACCAUUAUGCAAGAAUGUGCCGUUCAAGCAAAAGCGUAGACUCGUGUCGACAAGAGAAAAGUGACGAAUAUCUGUUUCUACAGACGGUCAAAGUUGAAUCUGUCGAUCAGGUUCGACAGUCUGAAACUGAACAUGUAACACUGUCAUUGAACAAUCACGACAUUCAAUUAAAGCUGGAUACGGGAGCUGAGGUAAACGUGAUACCAUACUCAACUUUCAAGCAAGUUGCAACAACUUCAAAGAUAAAGCCGAAAGCCUGUUUGAGUGCCUAUAAUGGAGGAAAUAUCCCGGUCGAAGCUGUCUGCACGUUACAAUGUCAAUACAAAGGGACAAUUCAUAAUUUGGAAUUCUAUAUCACGAGCAUCAAGAGUGAACCAGUUCUCAGUAUUUCUGCAUGCAAGAAACUUGGGCUUAUAGAAUUUGUCACCGUCAUAGAGCAUAAAGAAGGAACUGAAGCGUUUGCGAAGAGAGUCAAAACAGAAUAUCAGGAUGUUUUCUCUGGAAUCGGAUGUUUAGAGCGGCCUUAUCACAUCGAGCUGAAUUCUGCAGUGCAACCAGUUAUAGUUCCCCCAAGACGAAUUCCAUUUGGUUUGGCAACCUCGUACCCAGGGUCCCGUGUUUAAAGGUUCUGGUGCACGUGGAGGGACCCUGGCAAACUGAUUGCCAGGUUACCAAAUAAUCCAAAAAUCUUGGAGUAUUUGUCGACCUGGCCUUUUUUAGCAUUGGCGUAACGGGGGGGGGCCUUUUUUAGCAUUGGCGUGGGGAGACUCAUAAUAAAAAAUAUUUAACAAACUGCAAGUUUUUAUCAAAGUCAGCUGUUUAAAAGGAUUUUUACUGCACCUGUCGUACGAUUUAUCAAAUUUUGAUAUCAUAAGUGAUAUUUUGAAGUGGAAAGUCAUUCAAUUACUGGUUAAUAUCGAAGAAUUUGAACUCAUGAUCCACCAUCAUGCCAUGGAAAUGUUUUUAUAAAUCUAUAUACUUAGCUCUGGUUAAAAAAACCAGGUACUGUAUUUAAAUACCACCAUUAGGUAACAAAUAUAUUCUCAUACUGUAAUGUUUACUCAAAUUUGAAUGUCUACAAAUUGUUCUUUCCCAUUGAAGUUUGCGGCUUCUUAUGCUAUGCUUUUCAAGCCAUGGAAAGACUUCAUGUCAAUUUUAAAGUCCACUUGUAG